AUGGCAGACCCACGGACGGCGAUUCCAGUGAGUGUGUUCCGUCACGAUGAGGAAGAGCCUGAAGAUGAGGACACACUCAUGAAUAUCCCAACAAGCGGUAGAAGCAGUGCUUUGAUGGUCAAGCCACCGCCGCUUCAAGUUCCCGAGGCUGGUAGAUCACUGCAACACGAAAUCAACGACGAGAUCGUGUACCCAUGGCUACACACAAAGUCAAGCACAGUUAAUGAUACGACUGAAUCAUCUGUGAUGAUACCCACGACGCUAUAUGGAUUGGUGCACUCGGAGUCUGACCCGUGGGUCCGCGAAGGUGAGACGACUGCGCUUUUAGCUGGUAGCUUACAAGACUCGAAGAGUAACGUGCGCUGGGAAGUAAAUUCGUCGCUUGAGUAUGGCACGAACGUAGAGAUGAAGCAUCGACAUUCCAUCUUGCGCAUGAGCGCCAGCAAGACUAGUAGUAGUUGCCACGAGUUAAGGAAAAGCGCAUCUGUGGAGUUUAAAUUCGACCAUGUCCAUUUGAAGGCAGCGCAGAGUCUAUAUGCGAGCACGUCUUCCUUGGGACGUGAGCCACGACGGCUAACAGUUGAAGAGAAAGCGGAGCUGUACCGAAUUCGCCCUGAUCUCGAAAUCGGCCCAGUCCCCUUCUUUCACGAAAAAGUUGACGAGCUCAAGCGCAGGAAUCAACGCCGCAUCAUUUUUGCCAUGUUUGGCGGCAUGAUCUCGGUCGUAUUGUUGCUCGUCUUCUUCUCCAUGUGGGAGUACAACUGA